AUGCCACUUUUCAUACCAACAAUAGCCCUUAUAAUCAAGAGUCCUCGUGCCGAUGCAGCUGCAGUAGUGGGCCGCGAACGCAUUAGCCUCAAUGCGGGCUGGCGGUUUUCACGCUUCACAUCGAAUCCCGACUCUCUGUCAUACAGCACGCUGAAGCAAUGGAUCCUUCCUUCGGCCAAUGACUUCAUCAAAGGUGCUGAACGUCAGCGGCCUUCGGGAACCCCUCCGGGCAACAGCGUCAACUACGUGCAAGCAUCGUUUGAUGAUAGCGCUUGGGAGGCCGUCAAUCUGCCGCACGACUGGGCCAUCAAAGGCCCUUUUAACGCUCCUGGGAUCGGAGGUGGGAUGGGUCGGUUGCCCUCUAAUGGAGUUGGUUGGUACCGCCGGAAGGUGACGAUAGCCCCGGACGAUAUCGAGGCUACCAAGUCCAUCUUCCUGGACAUCGACGGCGCCAUGUCCUAUACAGCAGUCUGGCUAAACGGUAACCUAGUCGGCGGGUGGCCAUACGGUUAUAAUUCCUUCCGUCUGGACCUCACUCCGUAUGCAAAAGCCGGUGACAACUUGCUAGCUAUUCGGGUAGAUAAUGCGUUGGACUCGUCACGUUGGUACCCUGGCGCCGGUAUCUACCGAAACGUAUGGCUCAUCAAGGUCGAUUCGACGCAUGUAGGCCAGUACGGCACGUACAUUACGACGCCAACUGUCUCUACCCAAUCAGCCACUCUUAGCCUAGUUGUCGAGGUCGAAAAUCAAAAGAAUACCAGUCGACAGGUUGAUAUAGUCACCGAAGUCUAUGAACUAGAUUCAAUGACUAGGAAAGCCAGAGGGGACGUAAUAGCUACAUUCCCCCGGGGGACAAUAAAGGUAGCAGCGGGCGCAAAGCAGGCUUUCAACAGCUCAGUUACAGUAAUGAACCCGUUAUUCUGGGGGCCACCGCCAACGCAGAAGCCAAAUCUAUACGUUGCCAUAACAACUCUAUAUGCAAGUGGAGCACCUACAGCAAUGGAUACCUACGAAACCCACUUUGGUAUCCGUUCGAUAACGUAUGAUGCAAAUAAGGGGCUCCUAAUCAACGGCCAGGCGGUGCGUGUCCAGGGUACGUGCAAUCACCACGACUUAGGCUCUCUAGGAUCUGCUUUCAACGUCCGGGCCGCUGAGCGCCAGCUACAGAUGCUACAAGAGAUGGGCAGCAAUGCGCUCCGGACGUCGCAUAAUCCGCCAGCGCCCGAAUUACUCGAUAUGGCCGAUCGACUAGGGUUUAUGGUUCUAGACGAGAUUUUCGACUGUUGGAACAACCAAAAGACAAAGAAUGACUUCCACUUAAUCUUCACGGAUUGGCGCGAGCCGGACCUCCGAUCUUUUAUCAGACGGGACCGUAACCACCCUUCUGUUAUCGCCUGGAGCGUCGGUAACGAGGUUAGCGAACAAUCCGGGGCAUCUGGAGGGACGACGGGCCAGGUGCUCCGGGACAUAGCCCGCUCUGAGGACCCGACGCGACCGGUUACAGUGGCAAUGAACUCCGCCUCAGCGGGCAGCUCCUUGGCUGACAUCGUAGAUAUCGAGGGCUUAAACUAUCAGGGCGAGGGCCUCGGCACCUCAACGUCUGGCUCGUUCCCCAGCUUCCACAAAACAUAUCCAAAUAAGAUGAUCUGGAGUAGCGAGUCCUCUUCCGCACUAAGUACGCGGGGCACAUACAUAUUCCCAGUAACCAGCGGCAAUAGCGCGACUGUUGGUGGUGCCAGCGCCGGUGGAAACCCUACGGCCAUGCAGGUCAGUGCCUACGAGCUAUACGCGCCCAGUUGGGGGUCAUCCCCAGAUAAGGUAUUCGGGCAGCAGGAUAGAAACUCGUUCGUCGCUGGUGAGUUUGUCUGGACGGGCUUCGACUAUAUAGGUGAGCCCACGCCAUAUGAUUCGGCCCGAAGCUCCUAUUUUGGGAUUAUCGACAUGGCAGGGUUUAAAAAAGAUCGCUUCUAUCUCUACCAAUCUCGUUGGCGCUCCGAAUUUCCCAUGGCGCAUAUUCUUCCUCACUGGACUUGGCCGGAGAGGGUUGGUCAAGUUACUCCAGUUCAUGUAUUUUCCGCCGCUAACGAAGCUGAGCUUUUUGUGAAUGGGAAGUCGGCCGGGCGACUCAAGAAGGCACAGUAUGAUUACCGUUUCCGGUGGGAUAAUGUUACUUACCAGCCCGGCGACCUACGUGUUGUUACCUACAAGAACGGAGCGCAGUGGGCAGUUGAUACUAAAAAAACCGUCGGCGAUGCUGCAAAACUAAAUAUUUCCGCUGAUCGUACAACUAUUACUAGCGAUGGUUCCGACCUCUCCUUUAUUACUGUCGCGGUUGUCGACAGUAAUGGGGAUACAGUACCACGGGCAAGCAACGCUAUUACCUUUUCUACUUCUGGGCCGGGCCAGAUCGUUUCUACCGAUAACGGUGAUCCUACCGAUAUGACCGCGUUUCCGUCCCUGUCGCGGAAAGCCUUCAGCGGACUCGCCCUUGCUAUUGUGCGUGCCAAUGCCGGAGCGUCAGGAAAAAUCACAGUCUCGGCCACUGCGGAUGUCAAUUAA